AUGACUCAAUGCUUCAAGUGUGAUGGUCACAUGCAAGAUGAUAAGAAUGCAAAAAUAACAUGCAAAGGCUGCAAGAGGGCAAUUUGUAUCAAGUGUAGUGGACUAACUGCAACGGAAUUACGUGUGUUUGGUCUACAAAAUCCUAAAUUAUCGUAUCUGUGUGAUGAUUGUGAAGAGGGACUGAGGCAGGUACCAGCGUUGCGCAAAUUAGUUACCGAGCUCCAACACCAAGUGCAAGAGCUCAGUAAACAACGCUCAAACGCAAUAAACCUGGACAUGGUAAUUCACGAGAUUGAGGAUCGCAAAAAUCGCAGCCGCAAUGUUAUCAUGUAUGGAUUACCAGAGUCUAGUUCGACUUCACCGGAAGACAGAAAGGAACACGAUAAAUUAUCGGUAACUAAGUCAUUGGCGUCACUCCCCGCACAAGUACCCGAGAUAGUGUCAACGUUCCGUUUGGGCAAACCUUCUUCCAACAAUAGUAAACCCCGUCCUCUUAAGGUGGUACUAACCAAUAAACAUGGUGCCAUCACUGUUCUGAAAAAUAAGAACAAACUACCUAAGGCAAUCAGUGUCCAGUCGGAUAUGACACCUUAUCAAAGAGACGAAUUGAAGAAACUUCGCGAUGAGUUGGCGGACAGGAUUGAUAAAGGCGAGAAAGACCUAACCAUCAAAUAUAUAAACAAAGUUCCCAGGAUUAAUAAUAUGGUCGAAGCACUAUGGCUCGAUAUUCAGUAUAGAGAACUUAACUUUCUUAUGGCUUGUGUAUACAGACCGCCUUCAAGCUCACUCUCUCAUUUGGAUGAAAUUCUGUUUGAUACCAUAGAAAAGGCGGCUUCAGAAAACACUGUUAUUAUUGCAGGAGAUUUUAACUUACCCAAGAUAAAGUGGCCGCUUCAAAAAACUCAUGACUAUGACAGUCUAUGCGAAAAUUUUGUUAAUAUGUACACAAACAGCAAUCUGAACCAACUCAUAACACAAAUUACCAGAAAACGAAAUCAUGAAGAAUCUCUUUUGGAUCUUAUAUUCUGCAAUGAUGAUUCACUAAUGUGUGACAUUGAUUAUCACCCUCCGAUAGGUAAAAGCGAUCACCUCGUUAUCACUGCUACGAUACAAGCAAUUAGUUCUCAAACUUUAACUAAUGAAAAUGUAAGUACCACUCAAUACGACUUUUUCAAAGCUGACUACGAAAAAUUAUCUCUGUGUCUAGCAAACAACAUAACUACAGUGAAAGAAUCUGUAGGCGAUAUGUGGUUCACAUUCAAAAACCAAAUCCUUGACUCAAUAGAAAAAUGUAUACCUAAAAAGAAAAUAUACAACAAACAUUGCACCAACAAACCCUGGAUCAACAAAGAAAUACUCAAGUUAAUUAAACGAAAAAAAGAAUUGUGGAAAAAUUAUAGAAUUGACCGAGACGAACAUUCAUACAAAGAUUAUAGAAAUGUCAACAAUAAAAUUAUUAGUCUAUCUAGAAGCAGAAGAGCUGCUUUCGAAUCAACUAUUAUAGAAUCAGGUCCUAAGGCUUUUUACGGUUAUAUAAGAAAGCAACUGAACUCUAAAGUCUGUAUCCCAAACAUAAUAAAAAAUGUCUCAAAUGAACUUGUGACGAAGCCUGAGCAAAUUGCUGAAGCCUUUGCUGAUCAGUUUAAAAUGAACCUUCUCAAUGAGCCCGACGGACCGAUGCCGAGUAUCAACGUUCCUAGAGUUACAAAUCCCAUUCAAGACUUAUAUAUCUCUGGAGAAUUGGUAAGAAAGACGUUAUCUAGCUUUAACGACACCACAGCAUCAGGACCCGAUGAUAUACCAUCAGUAGUACUAAAUAAAUGCUCGGAAGUUCUAAGUGACGAUAUAGCUAAAAUCAUGAAUAAAUCUCUCAAGGAUGGAUUAGUACCAGAGGAUUGGAAAAGGGCCAAUGUAGUGCCGAUUUAUAAAAAAGGAAAUAAGUUACUGCCUGCUAACUAUCGACCCAUCAGUUUGACCUGCAUCUUGUGUAAAACCAUGGAGAAGAUAAUAGCCAACCACAUAAGACCGCAUAUUCAAACGCGAAAGGAACGAACUGAACUGGUCUUCGUAUAA